CGGACAGUGACGCCUCUUUCGCGUUUCAGGAAUGAAAACCUAUUGUGGCGCUGUCUGUCUGGUUGGAUGGCGUAAAUACAUAUUGCUCUUCCCGUUCUUGCAGUAGGCCUCCACCACCACGUAAGGUAAUGCUAUCUCAGACAUCUUUGGUGCAAAAGUGUCCAGGUCACAGGAGCGGCGCACAUGCACACUUUUGAGCGCGCUGAGAGCUCCAUUGAAGGUGUUUGCAGCGGAACUGAUCAUCGCUCAUCUGGUACCGGUAGAAGACGUACUUGAAGCUGGACACGAAAAUGCCUCUCGUGGACGAGCUUCCUCUGAUUGUCCUUGCGGGGAUCGCGCAGCACCUGUCUCUCGGGGAUUUUAUUCGCUUGCGCUCCUGUGCCAGGAAUCUACGUCACCGACUCCUCGCCGCUGAUUCACGGCUGGGCGGGUUGAGUUUGAUAUGCGCGGAGUUGCAACGUAUCUUCACAUUGCCGUCCACGUUACAAAAAUAUGAGGAGCUAGAAGGAACGUAUGACGCGUUGCCAGGGUUCCUUUUUAUUUCACCGAGCCGAUGCGGACCCGGCUGCGAAAUACUUUUCGAAGUCGAUAACGACAUUUUCAUUGACGAGAGCGACGAAACGUUUUCGGAGAAAAGCGGGCAAUGCACCAUUAAGGUUAUGGACUUCGCCGACUCGUCAAAGUCCAUAUACUUGACUGGUACAAUUCGACUAUCGUCUUGGAGGCAGUUUCUAGAUGGGAUGUCAUUCUUUGAUUAUGCCAUCUACAUGCAUACUGCUGAUGGACGCUACGUACAAGUUUACCGAGGAGAACAUGGCGACUACGACGAAGUUCACUCCGCUUUGCCUGCAAUCGCAAGUCUCCUGCAUACAACACAUGAGGAACUAGCAGCGCUUCUCACAUCAGCUUUUUCUUUCGAGAACGACAUCUAUACCGACGGUACGCAGAGCAUAAAUUGGACUCAGCUACAGCCAGACCUCCCGAACAAGCCUGAGGAUGUUGCUAUCGAAUAUGACUUGCAACAAAAGAGGCUAACACCUUGUUUACGACAAGCCUUAGCCCUAGUGCGUCCGCAUUGGAAUCCACGGGCGCGUGACAGUGAUCGUAGCUUGUGUCAAUGGAUCCGUCAGAAAAUUGAUCUGAAGAGAGCUCGAUCCAACCUUUUCUUCUUUCCAGGAGUCUUCCAGGCUCUUCACGACAAUUGGCGCCUAUUUCACGACACAAACCUACCGGACGGUAUCAACCCAGAAGGCUUUGUGAUGGACUGGAUCAAAAGCAACAUCGUUUUCACAUCUUUCACCUGCGACAAGAUAGCUUCAGAGGAAAAUUGGCCGCAUUCGGUUGAGCAACAGGAAAUCUCCUUUAAUGUGAACGGACCAGAGAACCAAGUCACCGUUAAAAGACUUCUCUGUUGCCCUAACCGCCGUGGAGGUUGGAACGAGCUGGUCGGCUGGUCGCAAGGUCAUGGAACCCUAUUCGAGGUUGUGGCAAACUCAACAAACCUAACUCUGGUUCUUGGCGCGCAUUCGGUAGCGUUCCGGGACAUUGUCGGAUGUAGCGAAAUGUGGCCGAACGCUGAUGUUUUCAUGCUUGCAAUCGCUGCCUUGGCUCUUAGCUGCGUCGUGUGGCCAUCGACGAUUGCGUUUGACCUGCGACGUGUUUACAUUGCCGGUGAAAAUGAGACCCUUCUGCAGAUUCCUCUUGAACCUCCGUUGCGAGUGCAACAAGCUCCGAUGGCUACGGGCGAUGUCUUAUAAGAGCGGUCGGUUACGUUGAUCAUCAGUGCCACGGCAAGAGGAGCCCUUGGCCCGGGCGGACUCCCAACGGCCUCAACAAUUGUAUCAGCUCCUUCAUUCUUGUAAUCACACAAUUGGUACUAGUCAAUAAGCUUAUUUGGGUGCACUGGGCCACUUCCCCGCUGCUUUUGAUGCGACCCUACCCUAAGAAAAAUUUCACCAUCUACAACAAACUACUUCC